CCUCAUCUGGAGAGACUCCAUCAUGACAGGCUGGUAACUUGAAGGGAAAUCUUCACUCCUGUGAGAGGUUAAUGAUUUGCAGGGUGACGUAGAAAGGGCUAAAGGCCUUUCCAAGGUUCACUGGCUGGGGAUUAUGUGGAAGCGUCAGCAUCCUUCUCACCCCUCCCUAUCCUGACAUACACGUGAAUAUCUAGAACCCCCCCAUACAGCAACGAAGAUGAUGGAGAUCACAGAACUCCAGAAGAUUGGUGUGGGUCUCGUGGGCUUUGGGAUGUUUUUCCUCCUUUUUGGAGUGCUCUUGUACAUGGACGCAGUGCUUCUGGCCUUUGGAAAUAUCCUGUUCUUGUCUGGCCUGGCCAUUAUCAUUGGACUGCGAAGAACUGUUGGUUUCUUUUUCCAGAAGCAGAAGCUUAUGGGAACCAGUUUCUUUCUGGGAGGGAUACUCAUUGUCCUGCUUAAGUGGCCCAUCCUGGGCAUGCUUCUGGAGACCUACGGUUUCAUUAACCUCUUCAGGAAUUUUUUCCCAAUUGCCUUUGGGUUCCUGGGAUCUUUGGUGAAUAUCCCAUUUUUGAGCAAGCUGUUCCAGAAACUUGGAGAAACCACCUCCAUAGUGUAGCUUGGAUGAGUGCCCUGCAGCCAGAGACAGCUUCACUUCCUACAAGCAAACAGACCUUUGAAAUGAACAGCCCAUAGUCUUCACUGAGCCUUGAGUCAUUUGUUAAAAAACCCACGUGUGAUUGCCGGUCAGAGCAUGCAGAGGGCGUAUCAGGCUCGUGGCCCAGGAGGACUUGCAGAGGGAUAUUGACUGCAUGAACAGUUACAAUUACACAAAGGCUGAGGGCCCACCUACAGGUUUCACAUGUUGCCAGUCCUUACACCAGUAGCCUCGUACAUUAGAGAUGUGCUCGAAAUGCGAUUCAGCAUCCGAAUCGCAGCACAAUCCCUUUAAAACUGAGGGAUUCCACAGCAACCAUGCUGGCCAUGCAAAUGACCACUACGCAUGCACGGAGGCCAUGUGUGUGCCAGCACCACAUGGGGGCAGUUUUGGGAGAGCGCUGCUGGCGCACACUGACAGCUGGGGGGACUAAUGGUGGCAAGUGGAGGAAGAGCAGGGAUGGACCUGCUCUCCUCCAUGUUAAAGGGGCUGUGGAAGCCCUCAGUUUUAAAGGGAUUGUGCUACGAUUCGGACGCCGAGCACAUCCCUAUCAUGCACUUCCACAGGUGACCACACCGGAGCUUUUACAUCAAGGUAUGAAUAGGAAACAUCAGUAAAUGAACUUGGCUUCACAUAUCACCAGAGCUUCCUGGAGACAAACACACAUUUAGGGACUUAAUUGUUAGAUUGUUCCCAACAAGAAACAUCAGAUGGGAUCUUUACCUUCCAAACUUCGGUAAGCAAAGUACCCCAGUCUUUUUUCCCCCAACAUACUGACAUGGUGCACACACUUAUUUCUGUUGCCUCUUGACACCUCUGGUCAAACAUGUUCUGUGGGUCUUUGAAGCGCUACACAAUCUGCAAAAAGACUCCGUGUUAAUAGAAAACCUGGAACAGCAGGCUCUGCUUUUAUCCCUUAUGUACUGUUUUCUAUUGGCAGGGAUUUUUAUUUUUUUUUAAUCAGGGAGCACUGAAAGUGGUAUCCCCCCAUCUGUAGUAAGAAGUGUUACCAUCUCAUCAUUCCAUCACCUCAUUCCAACUCUGGAAUGUCUAGACCCUACCUAUGAAGCAAUCACAUCUUGAAAAUUUGAAACUGCAGAGACUAAAGCCCUGUUUAGCCAUGCUUCAUGGACAUGAAAGCGUGCUUGUAAGCCCCUCCCCGGUAUUGAAACCCCACCCCCACAUUGUACCCAAGUGCAGUGUUUGUCUGAGGAAACAAAUGUACUCGGAAAAAGAUUCCAACCAGAUCAGGAACACCAGUUUGUCUGAAUACAGGCAGACACCGCAUACAGGUACAGUUUGUCGGACUUAGAGGCAUGCUGUUAUGGAUGCUGUGCUGGGCUACAGUGUCCAUGAGUUGAAUCACACCUGAACAGAGUUUAACUGUCACUGAAAUGAUUUUUUAAAGCUCCAGUUCAAAGAAAUACUUUGUUGGGAUUCUUGUGCAACUUGUCUUGCCUUUUCAGGCAAAUUCAACCACAGAAUUGCUUGCAAUUUGGCUGGAAGAGAAAAUAAUAUAAAUGAGAGCUGUUAAUUUGGAUAUCUAUUUCUAAAAUUUCUGCCUAACAAGAUUGUUGAGGGUGUGUGAAUUUUUCAAAAUACCAUUUUUUUAGUUUGUCAUUUGAAAUAGUGUAUUUUUAAGAGAAGAAUACCAGUUGAUCCACCAUGAAACUAUUUUUCUAUUUUGUAUUUAACCCAACAUAGAGAUGUUUAAUUAUAUAAAAUAAAUGAUUUUUAUUAAAA